AUGAACAGGAUGAUGGCUGACCACGGGUACCAGCACGAGGACGGGGACCAGCACGAGGACGAGGAGCAGCACGAGGACAAGGACCAGCACGAGGACGGGGACCAGCACGAGGACGGGGACCAGCACGAGGACGAGGAGCAGCACGAGGACAAGGACCAGCACGAGGACGGGGACCAGCACGAGGACGGGGACCAGCACGAGGACGAGGACCAGCACGAGGACAAGGAGCAGCACGGGGACGAGGACCAGCACGAGGACGGCGACCAGCACGAGGACGAGGAGCAGCACGAGGACGAGGACCAGCACGAGGACGACGACCAGCACGAGGACAAGGAGCAGCACGGGACGAGGACCAGCACGAGGACGAGGACCAGCACGAGGACGAGGACCAGCACGAGGACAAGGAGCAGCACGGGGACGAGGACCAGCACGAGGACGGCGACCAGCAGGAGGACGAGGAGCAGCACGAGGACGAGGAGCAGCACGAGGACACGGACCAGCACGAGGACGAGGAGCAGCACGGGGACGAGGAGCAGCACGAGGACGAGGAGCAGCACGGGGACGAGGAGCAGCACGGGGACGAGGAGCAGCACGGGACGAGGAGCAGCACGAGGACGAGGAGCAGCACGAGGACGAGGAGCAGCACGAGGACGAGGAUCAGCACGAGGACGAGGACCAGCACGAGGAUCAGACCAGCACGAGGAUGAGGACCAGCACGAGGACGACGACCAGCACGAGGACGAGGAGCAGCACGAGGACGAGGAGCAGCACGAGGACGAGGACCAGCACGAGGACGAGGACCAGCACGAGGAUGAGGACCAGCACGAGGAUGAGGACCAGCACGAGGACGACGACCAGCACGAGGACGACGGGACCAGCACGAGGACGAGGACCAGCACGAGGACGAGGAGCAGCACGAGGACGAGGACCAGCACGAGGACGAGGACCAGCACGAGGACGAGGAGCAGCACGAGGACGAGGACCAGCACGAGGACAAAGACCAGCACGAAGACGACAACCAGCACGAGGACGACGACCAGCACGAGGACGACAACCAGCACGAGGACGCAUUCUCUUUAA